AUGGCGAAUCUUUUACUACAGGACCCGUUUGGGGUAUUGAAGGAGUACCCAGAGAAACUCACACAUACGUUGGAAGUUCCAGUGGCAGCAGUAUGCGUGAAGUUUAGUCCUAGAGGAGACUACUUAGCAGUGGGCUGUUCUAACGGUACCAUCAUCAUAUAUGAAAUGGAUAGUCUCAAACCGAUUUCCAUGCUAGGAACUCAUUCGGGAGCUCACACGAGGUCUGUUCAAUCUGUAUCGUGGUCCCAUGAUGGCCGUUACUUGUGGUCUAGCGGAAGAGACUGGUACGUCAAGCUCUGGGACCUUUCGCAACCCAGCCGAUGUUUCAAGGAAUACAAGUUCGAUGGACCGGUAUGGUCAUGCCAUAUAGUGCGAUGGAACCUGUGUGUUGUUAGUGUGGUUGAGAAACCUACUGCUUUCAUUUUGAAGUACGAUGAGUCGUCCGGAUUACUAAAUAGUUGGGCAUUGCAAAGCAGCGGCAAUGAAGAUUCGACAAAUAACUACGGGUAUACACUAGUGGCAUGCCCACAUCCAACAGUGGAGUCGCUUAUAAUAACAGGAUCUUCGAAGGGAUGGAUUCAAGGUUUUAAGUUUGAUUUUGAAACUCCGGACAACGAGAACGAGAGCGAGAGCGAGAAGGACGACCAAGGCCCAGAAGACCACAUAAGCAUCCAAUGCUGUUUCGAAGAGAAGAUUGCCAAUUCUAACAUCAAGCAAGUUAUCAUUUCGCCGUCGGGAACAAGAUGUGCUGUCAAUUGUUCCGAUAGAAACAUUAGACAAUACCAACUUCAGGUCCAGAUGGAUCCAGAAUCAGAAACAGGGCCUUGCUCGGUCACACUUGAGCUCGAACACAAGUACCAGGACAUGAUUAAUAGACUCCAAUGGAAUACCAUAUUCUUCAGCAACCAUGCAGGUGACUACCUGGUGGCCACGGCUCAUGGUUCUUCGGCACAUGAUUUGUACCUCUGGGAAACGGGCUCCGGAUCGUUAGUACGGGUGCUGGAAGGUGCAGACGAAGAGCUUUUGGAUAUUGACUGGAACUUCUAUAAUAUGCGCAUUGCCAGUAACGGCUUCGAAUCCGGCUGGGUCUACAUGUGGUCGAUUGUAAUCCCUCCAAAAUGGAGCGCUCUUGCGCCAGAUUUCGAAGAAGUAGAAGAAAACAUAGACUACCAGGAGAAAGAGGACGAAUUUGACAUCAUGGACGAUGACAACAACUUACAUGCGCUAACUGAGGCCGAAGAAGUUACCAUAGAUCUUUGUACGCCAGAGAAGUACGACGUAAGAGGUAACGAUUUGUCUAUUCCAAGAUUCGUUAUUCCUCUCGAUUACGAAGGUAUUUUGGUUCUACAAAACUGGGCAACGAACGCCUAG